CUCCCGCUGAACCGGAUGUGAUUCCUCUCUGUUUCACUGUUGUCAUUGCACGACCAAUGGCGGACGCUACCUGAGCAUUUAUCUGAAAAACGUAGGUUACGCACAAAAAUACUUUUAAUAUCGAUCGGCCAUUCAAAGCGUUUAGAUCGCACGUGUGUUUUGUCCCGUCAGCAUGGAUGUGAAUCUGACCAUCUCUCUGAUGCGGGGCCAGAUGGGCGCUGUUAUUGAGAAAGCCGUGAACGUCGCGGUGGAGACCGUGCUAGGAGAGAUGAUCCGGGUGGUCGGGCUCAAAUUUGAGGAGAUCAAACGGGAGAUGACAGCUAAAGAGAAGGAGAAUGAGAACAUCAGGAGGAUGCUGGAGACGUCCCGCUGUCAGAUGAAAACCAUGCGCAAGUACAUCAGCGUCCUGUCUGCUGAAGAGCCCAGCCGUAGACUGUAUCAGGGAGAUGGAGACAGGGCAACAACAUCCACAGGGAUGCACUGCAGAAGAGGGCCGAUGAGCAACCCCCCAAACCCCUGUCCCAGACCCAGAGUCUCUGAGCCAGCCCCUGUAACGUUAGCUGGACCCUCAUGGGUGAGACAGCAGAUGCACAUGUCCAAAGAAACAUUAAGAAGUGAGAAUCACAUUCCUGAGGUCGACAUUGAAGAGACCCAUGGGUCAACAAUUCAUAAAGUUGAGAACUCAAGCUCUCAUCUGGUGGACAGUCAGGUGCUUCUGUCUGAGACCAGUGAUCCAAUCUGGGGUCAGAACCCUCUCGCCUCUGCAGAGACUGGACACACAGACAUGCCGGACAGCGGCGUCCUCUCUGCACCCAUGAUGGCAGAUGAAUGUGUGUCAUCCCAAAUGACAAACACAUUGACCUUUGGAGCACCAUCACUUAAAAUCAAACAGGAGGAGGCGGAGGUUGAAAUCGUCUGUGUGAAAGAUGAACCCGCAGAAGCUGGCAGCAUACCUAGAUUUGAAUAUUCCAAUGCUGAACUUCACCAGCCGACGGGAGAACCAGAGCUCGGGGUCUCACUAGAUCUACCCUCAUCAUUUCAAGCUCUUCAGAGUCCUAGCACUUCAGCAGACCUUGCAAUCCCAGCAUUCAUCAGUGUGGACCCAACUACCUAUGACGACUCCCAGCUGUCAGUGGCAGGGGUCCAAAAGCAGGUGCGUCCGAGACGUAAGGACCUUAAUCUGUAUGAAGAAUACAAACUCAGCCGGACUCUGAGAGGCCGCAACACGAACCGAGGCCGUAGUACAAAUCGACGGCGUGAGCUGGAGCAGACUCUACCGCAGGCUCUACUUGCAGACUUGGUAAGGGAACGAAGGGAAAAGACUCGUCUUCGAGUGGCCCGCUGGCGUGCCAAACGCAAAUUACAAGCCUGUCUGAUGGCCUCGCAGGCUGCGCAGUUUAGCGGCGCUCCUGUGCAGAGUUCACCUGCCCAGCGUGGAGGCCUGAUCUCCACCCGCAGGCGAGGCGGAGCGAUGGCGCAGCGCGGUGGGCUUGGAUUGAGAAGGGGACUGUCAGAGACUGGCACUUAUAAUGUGCUGCUGCAGCUGGGGCCCAGUCCUACUCAAUCAGCUUCAACGCGGGGCAUGAAUGAGGGUCUGAUGCCGUCUGGACCCCCAGCGCUAUCACAGCACAGAACCACUGCACCGAGAUCAACUUAUCAAUGAUGCAGUGUUUACUAAGUAUUGGCACGCUGGGUUGUUGUCAUCUAAAUGGUUAACCAAGUUUUAUUUUCCGAAGUGAGGCACUUUUACUAUAAACUAACACUGAUCUGUGUCAACCUCACAUACAACAAAAAUUGGACUAUUCAUUAAUGUUUACUUUAUAGGGCUGGGCGGAUUUUCCGAAUUUAUCGAUAAAAUCGAAUUUAGUGCUUUGUCACGACUAUUUUUUUUAUAAAUCUCAAUUUUGAAUAGAAAUAUUACCAAAUGUGUGACGCACUCUGUGAAGGACCCUAAGUCAAACAAUCAAGAUCACAAGUCAUAUGUGUCCAUGUUUACAUAGAAAAACCAUGGAAAAGCAGCGCAAUCGAAUUCAAACCCUGUAAAGAACUACAACUGUAUGUCUGGUAUUUCAUGUUUGCAUCAUGGUGACAGGUUGAAACCUGCUGUUCAUUGUUUUUACAGAACAUUUAUAGUUAAUAACAGUCUACAGGUGUUAUUAUAGGCCUACCUUCAGUCAUUUUCUGAAUAACCUCAACUUUCGAGAAUUUGAAAGCAUUUUCCUUGUAUUAUUUCUGAACAUAUAAUAUGUAUGUUAUAUAUGUAAUAUGUAAGACAAUUUUGUACGAGCUAUAGUUGUCGUUCAUGAAUCUCUUCUGCAAAGAUAUUUAAAAAGCAAUGACAACUUCAUGUGUGGUGCACUUUGAAUAGAAUUUUCUUUAACUAGAGAGUUUAUACAGAAAAAGUUACUUGAAUCGAGAAUCGGUUCUGCAAAAACGUUCUAAAAAAAUUAAAUUUUAUUUUUUUGUGUGUGUAUCGCCCAGCCCUACAAAAUUAAACUGUUUGGUUAUUUAAUAACAUUAAAUAAACUGAAAUUGCACUAUAAAAUGCAUUCUAAAAUCAACUGAGCUGAAUAAAAUGUAAACUAAAAGGUACAAAAAUAUUUUUCAACGAUAUUGUGGUCAUCGGUAAAGAAACUGUACUCUGUACACAGCUGAAACUGAUAUUUGUUCUCAAAAACAUUGUUAGCAUGACUGCCCUGGUUAUGUUAGCUCACGUGCUUGAAAUGUUUUUCAUCUGUAUGUCUGACUGCAGUGUUCAGGGUGGUUUGAAAUACUAAUUUGGUUCAUUCAUUAAAAUAUAUUGUUGCCUAAAUUUUUCUAGCAAACGGCAUUAUUGGCAAUAACCAUGCUGACCUUCGUUGACCAAAAAGAUUUGUAUGCCAGUGGUUUUUGAAUGAGUACUCACAUUGGAAAACUGCUGUGUAAGCUGAUGCACGUGUUUGAUUUUGAGCAGGCAAAUGUGGUUUAACAGAAAAAGCGGUGAAUGCGGUUUAUAGUUUCUGGAAAUUAAUCUCUGUUUUGGUAGCUGAUGUAUGUUUUGGAAUGAAAAGGUAUGGGAUCUUUUCUGAUAAAAUGCUCACGAGUAGAGUUACUGUCUCAGCAAUGGGAAAAACUGUAAACCAAGAGCCGUAUCAAUUUUGGUUGAUUCACUCACAGAUAUUUUGUAUUUUUUUAAACCAUAGUGACUUAGAAAACAUGCACAUACGGUAUUGUGACUUGUUUCUUCAAUAAUUCAGGAGCCGGAGCUUUAAGGAUCAAAAGGCACACUCAGUAACUGAAAUACUACAUUAACAUUUCAGACUUUUUAUUGUCUUUCAAUCAGAACUUCAUAAAGCUACAUUAAUUACUUUAUAGAGUACUACCAGUGCUAGUUAAAAUUAGUUCAAUUAGUAUUCUGAGAAAUGCAAUGAAAUUUCAAUCAGCUAAGAAUAAAACACUUUAUAAUUUUUUUUUAGAUCAUUUCUGGUAUCAAUAUAAGGCAAUACACAAUGAGUUUCACAAAGACUAUGUAUAAAUGUUAUUUUAACCCUUUGCAACAAUCACAAAUUUGCAUUACAUGGACUCAUUGGGGUUGUGGUCGCUUGUUUUAUGUCACUAUAUUUACACAAAUGUUCAUUUUUGAGUUAUUGCUGUCAUUCUGAAAGUCACUUCAUAAUCAUUUAUCUAGUUUCAAAGCUCUACAGUAGAACAAAGUCCAUCUGUUUACAGUAGGUGGGAUGUGAUUACUAAACAUGUUUUCUACAGUUUUCAUGUGCUAUGUUCAGUGUUUUAUGCUGUUUAAAGAUGAAUAAACAUGUAAUGUUGUGUGUAAGUAUCACAUUAAAUAAAAGACUGUUCCUAAAAUCAGCAAA